AGAGAGAUUAGUAGCUGUCCAGUCACAGUUGGAGUUGUUCAGGCCAGGAUGGGAGCUGCUUCUUUUGCUGUGGCUCUGGUGAUUACAGCAUCACUCCAUCCUGGGAUGUCUCAAGACCCCCGGGUCACCCUCACCGUGGAGCCCCCCGGACCGAGCGUCUACGUUGGGGAGACGGUCUCCCUGAGGUGUGGGGUGAGCGGGGACCCCCCCGGGAACUGGACGUACCGCUGGCUCAGAGGCGACCCCCCCGCCCCCUGCCCCCAGACCCGACUGCGCGGGGCGGCGGGCGGCCGCUACACCAUUACCGCGGCCGAAACGUCUGACCGGGGGCUGUACUGCUGCUGCGCGGAGAGGGGGGCCCCGCCCACUCUGUCGCUGCCUAGCAACGCCGUCCACCUGAACGUCUCAGAACACCCCCCAGCCCUGCUCAUCCUGCACCCCAACAGCAGGCAGCAUUUCCAGGGGGAAAAGAUGACUCUGUGGUGCCCCAACCGAGAGGACAAUUCCACAGGUUGGACACUGAAGCACAUCUCGGGCUCAGGGGUGCAGUCUGGCUGCAUUCCUGCAGGGGGCACUGUGAGUACGGAGAGGCCUGGGGCCUGCCAAAUCUCCGGCCUGCACUCUGGCAACAGCGGCCUCUACUGGUGCGAGUCUGACGUGGGAGAGAGACGCACCAGCACUGUCAACAUUACUGUGGUCUACGGGCCAAUCAUCAUUCAGAGCCCUGCCCAGCCGGUGGCCGCGGGAGACUCCGUGACUCUACGCUGCCUCCUCUGGCGGCAGGGAGCCAACGCGACGGCUUUCUACCGGGACGGAGUCGAGGUGCACCCCCUGAACAGCACACAGGUGACCCUCCGAAACGUGACCGGGGCGGACCAGGGUCUCUACGCCUGCGCGGGCCCCAACGGCACGGAGAGCGCCGGGAGCUGGCUGUCCGUGCGAGCAGGUGUUCUCAAAACACAGCGGAUCUCUCCUACAGACCUGCAAGUGCCCUCGACCUCGCCCACAGAAGCUCCUUCUCCCACAGGCUCUUGGUUGAUGGCGGUGGUGCCCUGCUGCAUUCUGGGAGCCCUCCUCGUUCUGGCAUUCACUCUGCUGGCUUGUCACCGCAGGUCCCUUUUGAAGUGUUCCUGCUGCAGCGGCUGUCCCAUGGGCAGCUCCCAUAGAGAGGGCCCCAAAGGGGAGAGGCCCCAGACCAAGCCGGACGCCACAGAGAUCCAGUGGGACGUCCCGUGGACGGAGAUGGAGGCCACCCUGCUGGGCGGAGCCCGGGACGAGGAACAGGGCGUCUGGCCCCCCCAGGCAGGAGCACAUAUCUGGGGCCUGAAUCCCCCCUAGCCCUGUUCAGCAGGGGUCCUGAGUCUUACCCAGAAAGGGCCGGAGGGGGUGCAGGCUUCUGUUCCAAUUGAACAGCAACAUGCCUGAUUCUACUAAUCAACCAUUAGAGUCUCUGCUCAGGACCUAUUUUAGUCGAGUCAGGUGUGUUACUGCUCAGCAGUAGGGAACAGGGCAUUGCUGUAAAAGAGCAUGUCUUGCUCAGUCAAUUUACCCUCUAUACAUAAAGGUCAGUAAAUAAAUAAAACACUAAAGCCUGCACCUGCACCCGCCCUUUCUGGAUGAGACUGAGGACCCCUGCUUCACAGGGCCUCUCCACCAGAGUUAGGAGGCCAACCUCGGAUCCCAGGAAGGAGGAGUUACUUUCUCUCUCUCGCCUGUGAUGUCACUGCACCCAUGGAGGAUUUCAAGAGUGACAUCUCUUUCUGUUUAGGGUUUGUUUUUAAGUGACACCACCGUCUCUGUACUUUUAAAAAUUAUUAUUUGAAAGUGAAACCACUGUCUCUGACAGGCGUUUUUGUUUUGAAGUGGCAUCACUGUCUCUAUAAGUUUGUAAGAAUCACUGUUCUUCAUCUUUAUAUUAGGUUUGGAUGUACUGUUGUCUGGCUAUUUAUCGAUUAACUCAAUUAUUAAUAAUGAUUAAUACUGAUUCUUUUUACAGAUUAUUCAUUACGUUUUUUUAGUCAAUUACGUGUUAUUAUUAAUCUGUUUCUUAUUGUUUCAUGGUGAAAAUGCCAUUAUUUGAAAUCGGCCAUUUCAUUUUUGUAAAAAAUAUGUAAUUGUUAUACAUUAGAUAUAAUAGGUUGUUUAUGAAUUUCUGCACUAAAAAAAUGCUUUCUGUAUUGUAGCACUAUGAGAAAAUUCUCUCUGAAUUUCUUCUCUGGAACAAUGUAAGGGAACUAGAG